AUGACGCACAAGAUCAGUUUGUUGCCUGGUGGAUGCACCGGGGGAUGUGAGGCUGAGAUGGCUGCAUUGAAAGGACGCGUGGCCCGACUGGAGAGAGAGAUGUCCAACCUGAAAGAGAAAUGUCCAUGUUCUCCAACAUGUUCAAAUGACUGUAGUGGCAAUGGGGAAUGUCAGAAGGGAAAAUGUGUCUGCCGAAAGGGAUUUCUGGGUCCAGACUGCAGUAAGUGUGCUGAUGGAGCAGAGUGUAGUAAAAAAUCUGCCAAAGGGAAGGUGAACAAAGACAGCAAUGUCAUCAAGGAAAACAUGCAGGAAAAACCCACCAAAGUAGAGCUCACACUCUUUGAGAAGAGGGACCAAAAGAAGGGGAUUCAGGCCAAAGAGACUGAUGCCAAACCCAAAGUAGCCACUAUUGCUAAAACAGGUCUUGUUAAAACACAAGCAAAACUAGAUGUUUCUGUUAAGAAAAUAACUCUAAAAGGUUCUUCAAGUGCCACAAAGACCAUUCGCCCCACCGUUGGUCAAGUUCUGUUGAAACAUGAGGGGAGAAAGCAAGAGGAGGCCCGCAAAGGCAAAACUACAGUCCUGACCUCUAAAAAGGUCCUCCAAAAAACUGACCACAAGCUAGUAAAGGAAGGAACUGAGAGCAAAUCAUUUCCUAAAUCUAAUCAACUAAAAGAUGAACCUCACACUAAUGUAACCCAGAGUAAUGUAAAGAAGUUGAAUGGUACGACUAGAAUUGUAACUGUUCUAUCAAAGGUUUUGGCAGUAAAUAAAACCAGAACAGGGAAGGAAAGCAUUGAGCAAUCCACACUGGCUGAAAAGAACGUUACUCAAUCCUUUGGACCAAAACACAUCAAGAAGGUCAAAGUAGAAACUGAAAAUGUGCAAUCUGCUGACAACAGAAACACGGAAGCUGGAAAGAUUGGAAAAGGAAGAGUUACACCGAAAAGUCAGUAUAUAGUGAAUUCAACCAACACAGAAACUUCAGAUGAGGCUCGGGUUCUGCAGAACAAAACUAAUACCCAUGUCUCUGGCAUGAGCACCAGAAGGAUGGGAGGAUCUGGAUUAGGUUCUGUGAAGGUUGUGAACAUCUCCUCCUACAGCUUCACUGUCACAUGGUCAGCACCACAAGGAAUGUUCAAGAACUUCACUGUGGUAAGAAGAGAGCCUCGAACAGAGGGUGACGAAGACGAAUAUGAGGAGUUUGAAGAGGAAGCUCUUGAAGGAGAAAAGGUGUCCACAGCUAAAAACACAACAGAAUUCCAGGUACACAGCGAGAGCAUGAACAUGACUGCUUCCUCUGGUAAAGUUGUUGUAUCAAGAGGUAGAGUUGAGACCAAGAGGAUCAAUAUGGUGGUCCCUGGCAACGUACGUUCUGUUGAGUUUAGUAACCUACGGGCAAACACACGCUACGUCCUGUACAUAUAUGGUACAGCUGCUGAGAGGAGAUCAAAAAUUCACAGAGUUAUCGCAACUACAGGUCCUGAGCCAGCCACAGAGAUGGUUUUCAGCAAUGUAACUGAGUCCUCUGUCACUGUGUCCUGGUCCAAACCAAAGACUGCCAUCACAGGCUUCAGGAUCACAUACACUCACAUUGUCACAGGGGAGAGUCGGGCUAUGAGUGUUGACUCUAAGCAGUCACAUGUGGUUCUGUCCAGUCUGUCUGCUGGGUUCUCCUACAUGAUCGCAGUAUUCUCUACACAAGGUAGAGCCCAGAGUGAUGCCCUCACCUCCACCAUCACCACAGUGCCUGCGGCUCCUACACAUCUCCAAGCCAUCAAUGUGACAGAUACCAGAGCUGUGCUGCAAUGGACUCCCAGUUUAGGGAAAGUAGACCGCUUUAUCAUCAGCUAUGAGUCCUCCAAGACUCCUAAUGUGACAGUGACAGUGAUGCUGUCUGGAAACUCAGUGGAGCACCAGCUGAGAGGCCUGCAGAGAGGCACCCUGUACACAGUCAAAGUCCUGAGCCAGAAGGACAGUCUCCAGAAUACAGCCAUUUCAACUACAUUUACUACUGCUAAUGUGGUUAAAGCCAGUGAGGUUGGUCCUCGUUCUGCACUGAUAGUGUGGAAAACAUCCACUGUUGUCUAUCACAGCUACAGAGUGAUCUACCAGGUGGUAGGAGAGGAAACAAAAGAGUUGAUCCUGGAGCCCACCAUUACAGAGUAUAAACUCACCGGGCUGUUGCCUAUGUCACGCUAUAUUGUUCUGGUACAAGGCGAGAGAAAUGGACACUACACACCUAUUGUCACCACAGAAUUCCUUACAGGGAAAGUGCGUUUUCCUUUCCCCACUGAGUGCUCACAGGAGCUGCUGAACGGAGCUCUGCAGUCAGGAGAGGUGAAUAUCUACCCGCAAGGUAGAGAGGGACAAGCAGUCAGAGUCUACUGUGACAUGGAGACUGAUGGAGGUGGCUGGACGGUGUUCCAAAGGAGGAUGAAUGGAAAGACUGAUUUCUACAGAACCUGGAGUGAAUACAGGGUUGGUUUUGGGAACCUCAGUGAAGAGUUCUGGCUUGGAAAUGAACUGCUGCACAACCUGACCAGAAUUGGCCCUGUGAGUCUGAGAGUGGACAUGCAAUCUGGAAAUGAUACUGCUUACGCUCACUAUGCCAACUUCUCCAUUGAUUCAGAGGAGAGGCUCUACACCCUCACAGUGUCUGGCUACACAGGAACAGCAGGUGACUCGAUGAGGUACCAUAAUGGUCGCCCAUUCUCAGCUCGGGACAAGGACCCUGAUUCUUUGGGGAUCCACUGUGCCAAGGCCUACAUGGGAGGCUGGUGGUACAAGAACUGCUACAAGACCAACCUCAAUGGUCUUUAUGGCACAAACAGUAAUAAUCAGGGAGUAGUCUGGAUUGACUGGAAAGGUAAAGACUCCUCCAUUCCAUUCACUGAAAUGAAGUUCAGACCGUCCAGGUUCUCUCCUGCGACUCAUGGCUAA